AUGUCGAAGAUUGCUCUUAGCGAGGCGGUAAUAGUGUCUGCUGUCCGUACUCCGAUCGGAUGUUUUCGAGGCAGAUUGUCCACUCUCACCGCCACCGAACUAGGCGGUAUGGCCAUUAAGGGCGCCGUUGAGCGGGCCCACAUAUCACCCGAAGAAGUGCAAGAGGUUUUCAUAGGCAACGUGUGCUCAGCGUAUUUGAGACAAGCGCCAGCUCGUCAGGCUGCAGUUAACGGCGGCCUACCUGCAAGCACAGUUUGCACCACAAUUAAUAAGGUGUGCUCAUCGGGUCUUAAAGCCGUGACAUUGGCUGCGCAAGCGCUACAGACUAGGACUCACGAUGUGGUCCUAGCCGGAGGUAUCGAGUCCAUGUCGAAUGUUCCGUUCUACUUGCGGCGCGGUGACACCCCGUGCGAGCAGGACGACCACGCCAUUGACACUUACGAGAGGACUAUCGCUGCCUACGAGGAUAACGUUUUCGCGGAGGAAAUUAUCCCCGUCACGGUGCCGCAGACGAAGGGAGCGCCGGUUGUCGUGGCCGAGGAUGAUGAAUAUAAGAAGUUCAAUUUCGAGACAUUUACAAAAUUGCAACCGGCAUUUCAGAAUGGAGGCACGAUAACUGCUGGAAACUCGGCCAGUCUUAACGAUGGAGGGGCUGCCGUGCUGAUGAUGACGUCAGAAGCUGCCGUCAGACUAAAAGUGGAGCCGCUGGCCAGGGUAGUGGGGUACGCGGACGCCGAGAGGGAACCUAUCGAGUUUCCUGUUGCACCGGCUGACGCUAUUACUAAACUACUAGAGAAAACCGGGGUUUCAAAGGAGAGUGUAUCCCUGUGGGAGAUAAACGAGCCGUUCAGCGUUGUGGGGAUCGCUAACCGGCGUAUAUUGGACUUAGAGGCAAGCAAUGUCAACGUGCACGGCAGUGCGCCCAUCUCAGCCAUGUACUGCGUCGCGGACAGCUGGGCGUGGCCACCACGUGUAACGGCGGUGGGGGGGGCUACCGCCCUAAUGAUAGAGAAGAUAUAG